GCGCUGGGCCGCGGCCGGAGUGAGCCGGGCCGGACAGCGGGAAGGGUCCUGUGCCAAGAACUAGUGGGUACUGCUGCCAUCACCUUGCUAACGUUGCACUGAUGGAAUCAUGCCUGCAAUUGAAGAGCAUUCAAGUUCACUGAAGGUACUUCAGAAUUUACUUCUUAAUACAGUGACCAGACAGGAUGAAAGAAAAACGGUCUUCUGUUUUUCAAAUAUUUGAGUUUCUUGUCUGUAACAUCAUGGUUUCUUGCAAAAAGUGACAGAAGAAUCUUUCUGGACACUUUAAAGCUAGCUGGCAGGCAUAGCAAAAUGUUGGGUUUGAGGCAGCUUUACUUGUUUACACUGAGACGUUACCCAGCUCGCACUCUGUGUAGUGACCUGCUUUUGAGCCAGAUAAAUGGCUGCACCCAUGAAGAUGAAGUGCUCAGCCUUGUUGGGAGGAACAAGGCCAGACUUUCUGAAAAGCACGUGGGAGUUGCAUUGAACAUGCUGUGGCAGUUGCAAAAGAAGAAGCCCUUUCUCUUGAGGACUAGUGACUAUGUAAGAAAUCACUCCCAGUUUCUUACACUUUGCAUUUUGGCAGAAAACAAGGUGGAACACAUGGAAGAUGAGGUGAUAGUGGACACCUUAUAUAGUAUCCUGAGGCUCAAUGCUGAAGACCAUGCUUCUCUAGCAAAAGUGCUUGUUACAGAAGCGUGGAAAAGAUUAGAAAGGCUUAGUUUGCCAGCUCUGUCUAAAUUUGCUCUGUGCUUAUACAAGCAACACAGGCACUUCAGUCCCAUAACUGGCCAAAUAGCUCAUAUUGUGGACAUGAAGCUGGAUUCUAUACAGGAUAUAAGGAUCUUGUCAGUUUUGAUGAUCAGCAUAUCUGAAGUUAUCACAGAGAGUUUUCGAGAUCGAUUACUACACAAGGCUGAACAGCUCUUGGAAGAAAAGGAUAAAGUCCACUUCAACUAUGCCAGAAGAAUACUACAGUUUCUCCAAAAUGUUAAACUGAGAUAUCAUCCAUUGCUAGAAAAAUGCAACAGGAUUUUCCUUGAAAAUGCCUCCCAUCUUGAUAUACGCAGUAUUAGUCAUAUUUUUGGGCUGUAUGAGCAGCUGGGUUUUGACAGUGCUGAAUUCCGCCUGAUUGCUAAACAGCUGCUCUCUGAAACUAUAGAUGAUUAUUAUGAUCCUGAAACAUUUGCAAAAUUAUUUUUUUCUCUUGGCCCUGUGGCAGGAUCUAAGGUUAGAGAAAGGUUGCUAGUAACUGCAGGACACAUGGUAGAGGAGUUUAGCAGUCACCAGGUAUUGAUGAUACUGAAGACUAUGCAGAAAAUGAAAUGCAGAAAUUCUCAUCUACUCAAAAAAAUGGUUUCUGUUCUGCACAAACACUUGGAGAGCUAUCACGUAUUACAGUUGGUAAAGUUAACACAGUACUUGGUGGUGUUGCAUUGCCAGGAUCGGGAGCUGUUUGCCAAACUAAAAAUGUUACUAUUAAGUUAUUUAAAAUUUAGUGUGAUACCUGCUGAUACUGCAGCCAUAAUUCGUGCUCUAGCCAUGCUUCCUUCUUUUCAAGUGGAGGAAAUGAUUGUGAACAAAGCAGCAGCAGUUUUGCCUCAAUGCAGACUCUAUCAUUUGAAUUGCAUUGCUGCAGCUCUUGUCAAGUGGAAUCAUCAUGGCCAGUUGCACUGGCAAAACAGUUUUGAGCUAUGUGCCAAGCUUCUGCAAAAACUAAAUGACUGUGGAUUUCAGAGGCUUCAGAAAGCCAACAACUUAAAUCUUCUGUUGGAAGAGCUUUCAAAUGUGAAUGGAGAAUGGUUUGAAGAAGUCCUGAAUGAGGAAAGUCUGGCCAUGUGUCAGCGCUUGAUAGAUCAAAUAACAUGGGCAAAUAUUUUACCCUUGUCUUUUUUUCUCAUAAAAUCAGACCACCGUUGUCCUGCAUUAUUUGACAGAAUAUCUUCUGUGACUGUUGAAAAUAUAGACAAGGUUCCCCCCUCUGAAAUCUAUUUUAUUCUCUUCCUUUUCUCCACUUUGAAUUAUGACCCUCCUGACAAUGAAAAAUUCUUUAAGAGUUGUAUCCAGCAUCUUACUUCUAACUUGAGUCAUAUUGAAGCUUAUCACUUGGUGCUGCUUGGUCAUGUUUUGGCAAUGGCUGGGUAUUUUCCUCCAGCUCUGAUAACAAGAAUAUUUAAUGUUUCUUUCCUAAGCAGACUGGAUGCUCAACUUAAAGUCCUUCCUGAUGUGGUGAAGCAGAGGGUCCACUCAAGCCUCAUGAAACUGAACAGAGCAGUCUGUCUGGAAUGCCCAGAGUUUCACAUCCCUUGGUUUCACGAGCCAUACUGCCAACGUGUGUUUCAUAACAGCACGAGCCGAAUAAAUCCACAGCGACGGCAUAUUCACAGAAUGCUGACAGAGAUCUUAGGAGGGAACCAUUACUCAAGAAUAUCUGUUCUCACACCGUACUACUAUGAAAUAGAUUUUGAGUGUGUCCUAGAUGUAAAUCAAAAGCCUCUUUCCUAUAUGGCUCAGAAUGUACCUUUGGAUGGUGGAGGGGGAGUACACUUGAGAUAUGACAUCAAGGAUGAAGGGAGAAAGGCUUUACCACCAGGAGCUCAAAGAAUUGCUUUGGAAUUUCUUGAUUCAAAAGCUUUUAGCAAAGAUUAUUCACGUCAUCUGAAAGGAGAGCCCACAGUGAAAAAGCGGCACCUGGAAAUGCUGGGGUACCGAGUAGUUCAGAUUCCUCACUUUGAGUGGAAUUCUAUGGUUCUGUCAACAAAAGGUGAACAGCUGGAAUACCUGAGACAGCAGCUGUAUGGAAUACAGUGAUACCAGACGUGCAGUCUAAAGUACUUCUAUAAAAACAGUUUAUGUACCAUCAAACGUCUUGUAAUCCUGGAGUAGUUAAGUUUCAAAAAUCUCUGUAUCAGCUGGACCAAGGCUUGCCAAGGUCAUCUGAUGUAAAGAGAUUUAAUCCUCAAUUUGUUAGGGAUUGCAAAAGGCAGGUCACGGUGGGCUGUGAAGAUGUGACAAGGAUGCUUAAAACUUCUCAUUAUCUGGAAGCUAUAACGAGCACAUGAAUCUGGCAGUUUUGCAAUCAAGUUACAUUAUUACCUCCUAAAUAAAUAGCACAGAGGCUUAGCCAGACAUAAAACUCUCCACAGAAAAAGUUGGAAAUACUAUUGACUCGGAGAGUAAUCAGCAGUCUACUGGAAACUGUGUGUCCUCCAGCACGUGACAGAAUGAGCAGUUAGCAAUCAAACAGUGUCUGUACUCUGAAACCAAGAAACUGAAAUGCAGAUUUGCUAAGAAUAGGGCUGCGUUUGGAGCUAUUCAGUUUCCAUUCUCAGAACAGAGGUACUGUGGGGGACUGUGCUGGGGUAGAGUGUUGUGUGGUGAGGAACCUCCAGCUGCUUCUCCUGCCCUGUGAUCUGGUGCGUGCAGAAGAAUGGCUGAGCCUUCUGGAACACCUUCACAUACUUGAAAACCCUGGUAGGGUUUAUGCAGGAGGCAUAAGACACUGAGAUGUAGAAGAAAGAAGUGGAAUAACUAGGAGAAUGUUUUCAUUCUAGAGCAGUAACUGCAGGGGUGUCAUGCUUGACAAAUGAUCCCAUUUCCAGAGGGAACCACAUUGUGCCUACAGCUGCCAUCACCUUAGGGUGACUGCUAGCUGUGCCUGUUUCCUCACAUGUGCAAUGAGGAUAUGCUUUCUUGCAUAUUUAAUAGAAGCAGGAUGCAGUCUUCUACCACUUCACUUGAAACCUGGCAGAGAUAAGCAACUGCAUAUCUGAAUUGGCCAUUAUGCAUCUGGCUGUCACCUUUUAUUUUUACUAUUCAGUAGCAGAAGAAAAAUAUUAACUGAAUACAAAUCAGGACAGGAAUGGAAGGUCAGGAAAAAACAACAGAACUGAUCUAAGCUCUAAGGCAGCCCUUAGGCAGCUUAGAGCUGCCUGCUCUAAGCUCCUGCUCAGGAGCUUGCUCCUCCUGAGGCAGCCCUCAUGUUUGUGGGAUGACUGACAAAACUAGUAGAUGGUAGUCUAGACACUUAGGGUUAUCAAAUGGACAAAGGCUCCAAGACCGCUUUGCGGAAAUGUCAUUGAAGGCACAGCACCCAGAAAGAUUCUAUGUGCAUUGUAUUUUGUAUAAAAUGGAGAAGACAAUCAUAAAUAUAGGUUAGUAUUUCAGAAGGUGGAGUACAUGUCAAAGAGGUCUCACAUGACUCUGCUUCUGUACAGUCUUCAAGAAGCAGCCUUGGAGUGUAAGAAAGGUGGCAGUGGCUGAAGUUACCAGUCAGGAUGGUCAUGUUUGAGCUGAGUUUCUAGCAGUCACUGUACCAAGCCAAUUUUCUUCAAAUUAUGUAUGGAUAAAGUUAUGAGUAUGCACAAUGGGAAGAGGAUUAAAACCUGUUAUGAUUGGUCCAGAAAGGGCAUUAAAGAAAAGCAAAAAAAAAAAAAAAAAAAGCAAUUCAGUAAAAUGUGUUGUCCUUGAUUCUUUGUGCUCAUUCUUUGUAUAUUAAAUCAGCAAGUGUUAGAGCAGAUGAGUGGUGUAAACCAGUGAUCUAACUGGAGCCAAUAAAAAGGUGCUAAGCAUUGCUGCAGACUUGGAUACUAAAGGGAAAAUGCCCCACAGAUUAAGUACUAGUGGACAGUGACAUACUGAAACAUACUAUGAUGGCUGUGCCUCUGCAAAUGUGUACUUCUGUCUCACAGGAAGGCAAUGCAAGGGGCCAUUUGAUAAUUGGCACUGCUAUUCAAUCACAUGUGGUGGCCUUCUUUUCCAGUUUUCCUGCUACAUCAGUUGUAAUUACAUUUAAAUUUAUGAAAUCCUUUAGAUUAAUGACACCCUCUUUAUACAAUGGAGACAUCCUUUGAAGAGAUACUCUACAAAAAAAUGGCAUGCAUGCUCUGAAGAAAGCUGAGUGCUCUAUUUUGGGCAAAGGCUGUACUAAGAUAUCUGUG